AUGACACGAGACAGAUUUGAUUCUCUGACGUCGGCCAUCCACUUCGUUGAGAACGAAGAGGAGAGACAGGGGGACGACCGUCUUUGGAAGGUGCGUCCCGUCCUUGAUGUCUUGGACGAGACUUUCCGGACGGUCUUCAUCCCUAACAAGACCAUAACCGUCGACGAGAGAUUGUGGGCUUUCAAGAGGCGCCAUCAUGCCGUCCAGUACAACCCAAGCAAGCGGGCAAGGAGAGGGAUGAAGGUCUACAAGCUCUGCUCGUUCGACGGUCCUGAGGCGGGGUAUACGUCGGCCUUCAAGAUUUACACGGGACAGGAUCGUGGGGAGUGUCCCGCGAGUAUGAAGGCCGUCAUAGACCUGCUGGAGAAGGCACAUCUCUUCGACAAGGGAUACGAGAUGCACACCGACAGGUGGUAUUCCUCCCCGACUCUCUUCAACCACCUGCAGGCCCGGAAGACCAGCGCUGUUGGUACAGUCCAUAACAACAGGAGGGGCAUGCCAGCGGACCUGCGGGCGAGUCGGGGACAAAUCGACUUCCAGAGUACACCGACUGGAAUGAUGUGCCUUCAGUGGGUGGACAAGCGUGCUGUCACGAUGCUCUCCACCGCCCACACCAGCAGGAUCGUGACCCUGCCUCCAAACCGCCGAGGGGAACAGAGGUCGAAGCCCGAAGUCGUUGUGAGUUACAACAACGGGAUUAAGGGCGUCGAUCUCUCGGAUCAGCUGGCGCGGUCAUAUCCAUCAGCAAGGAAAACCAUCAAGUGGCACAAGAUCUUCAAUCUACUGGAUAUGACAGUCGUCAAUGCGCUGGCUGUCCACCGGGUCCUCGGCGGGAAGCUCACUCAGGUGGACUUCAGGCUGGAGUUGGUUCACGGACUUCUGCAGUGGGGAGGACGCCCGGGAACGUUCAGAAGAGUUCCACCGUGGCAGCAAGAGAAGCAGGACGACCAGCAGACACACAUGCCAGCAGACACACCUUUUAGGUGUUGGAGGUGUUCGUACUGCUGGAAUGUACAUCGAAGAAGGAAGGAGACCAGGGUAAUGUGUGCAAGCUGCAAGAUCUCCCUGUGUGCUUCUCCUUGCUUCAAGGAGUUCCACACUUGA